AUGGUGGUCUCCUCUGUUGGUCAUAGGAGUCGUAGGAGGCCUUCUGAAAAUCCUAGUAUAGGGCCACCAGGUUACACUAUAGUGGAGGAGUUGGGCCGAGGAGGGUGUGCUACUGUCUUCCGAGGAGUGUGUCGGGCCUCUGGUGCGGCAGUAGCGGUGAAGCGUGUAGAAAAAGAGGGGCCUGCCUAUGCUGUUACUGAUCGUCUGGAGGGCUCCAAGGCCCAAGGGGACUACGAAUCGGCUUUGAGGGAAAUCGCUGUACUGAGGGCUCUGGGGAAGGCACCAAGACGUGUGUGUGCCUUGAGGGAAGUGGCAGAAAGGAAGAGGGUCAUCUGGCUGGUCCUCGACUUGGCCCCUGGGGUCCCGAUCGGCCGAGCCUUCAUGAGCCUGCAUGGAGAGUUUAUAGGGGGAAAACGCAUCUACUCCGUGAGGCCCACGAGGGUCUUCCAGCGACUCGCGGCGAACAAGGACGACUUCGGCUGCAUUUUCAUUCAGAAAGUCCUCAGGCAAAUUCUACAGGGCCUCCUUGAGCUCACCGCGUGCGGGUACAUACACGGGGACAUCAAGCCGGACAAUGUCAUGCUGGAGGUCUCGCCGACUGGUCCUAGAGUGACGCUCAUCGACCUCGGCUCAGCGGUGAGGCCAGGCCUCGAGGAUUCCCUGUUGGAGGCGCCGGCUGCUACUCUAGAGUCCGUUCUCAUGCGGAAGUUCAACCAACCAGCAGCCCUCAUGGAACGCCGAGUCAUCAGUAGCGAUGCUUUCGGCGUCAACGUCCUCAGGCCCUGGGCUCGAUGGUACAUUUCCGGACCUACUUCGUAUCUUCCUGUCUACAACCUCAGGUGCGUCGAGAAUAAGCGAGUUUUCACCGGCUCUGACGUGGCUACACUGGUUGAUGCCGUGCCACUGAAAUUGCCCAAAUCGAUUCCGCUGACCAAAACGGUCAACCAAGCCUUACGAACAGUUCACCCUGUUACGGUAGAGGACAUACAGUGGAUGCUCGAUCUCAUCAAAAGGACAACUACACUGGACGAGAACACCAACUAUGCACAAUUCCCGAAGAUAUUGGCCCGCACUGGUCCACGGUAUCCUUUCUCGCCCUACAACUACGAACGGCUGGUCGAUAUGUGUGGUGACCUCUGGGGUUCGGAGCUCACUGAGCAAGGGCCUCUGCCUGAGUCCAGCGAAGGGGAGAAGCCUAGUGAGGAGCAGCUGAGGAGAAUGGAUCUCGACGAAUAUUCCUGGCGUGUUGAGGAUGACCAGGAUAAGCAGGAUUGGGACUGGCUUAGACUUCGUAACGAGAGCUUUUGA